ACGCUGCUGGUCAAGCCCCCGCGGGCUGCGCGGCGCGCCGGGUGCUGUGGGGGCCGCUUUGGAGCGGCGGCGGCUGCAGCUCGAGUCAGGGCGCUGGUCCUAGAGCCCUUCGCGUGGGUCCGCGAGCGUCGCCCCUCCUGCCCGAGUUCACCCCUUGUCUGUCGCGCCGCUUGCAGCUGACCAGGCGAGGGGAACCGACAGGGCCCUGGCUUGAAGGUAAAACCCCGCGGUGAGAGCGAGCCCGACCCGGGAGACGGAAGGCGGCGCGCAGCCCGGCAGCUCCUCGUUUUCAAGGAUCACGCCCAGGCGGGCAGAGGAAGGAAGAUGAGGUUGCCUUGGAAGUCUUUCAAGAGGAAGAUGGAAGGGGCAGUUUAACAGAGAUUUAAAAGCAACACCCCGCAAGACUGGGGCCUGAGGGCUGGCAGUGGAAAACUCUGUUGGGCUGUGAUCUCUCACUGAUCAGUUCCACGUGUCUUUUUGCUUCCUGCAAAAGGAAAGAAGAGAAGGAGAAAACCAUGUCUAUCGCCUUGAAGCAGGUGUUCAACAAAGACAAGACCUUCCGGCCCAAAAGGAAGUUUGAACCUGGUACCCAGAGAUUUGAGCUGCACAAACGUGCCCAGGCAUCCCUCAACUCGGGUGUGGACCUAAAGGCAGCCGUGCAACUGCCCAGUGGGGAGGACCAAAAUGACUGGGUGGCGGUGCAUGUGGUGGACUUCUUCAAUCGGAUCAAUCUCAUCUAUGGCACCAUCUGUGAGUUCUGCACUGAGCGGACCUGCCCUGUGAUGUCAGGAGGCCCCAAAUAUGAGUAUCGGUGGCAGGAUGACCACAAAUAUAAGAAGCCGACUGCACUGCCAGCGCCGCAAUACAUGAACCUUCUUAUGGAUUGGAUCGAGGUCCAGAUCAACAAUGAGGACAUCUUCCCAACGUGUGUGGGUGUUCCUUUCCCAAAGAACUUCCUUCAGAUCUGCAAGAAGAUCCUGUGCCGCCUUUUCCGUGUCUUCGUCCAUGUCUACAUCCACCACUUCGACCGAGUCAUUGUGAUGGGUGCAGAGGCCCACGUCAACACCUGCUACAAACACUUCUAUUACUUCGUCACAGAGAUGAACCUCAUAGACCGCAAGGAGCUAGAGCCCUUGAAAGAGAUGACGAGCAGGAUGUGUCACUAACACUCCCUGUCAUCCUGCAGAAGAAAGGAACGCAGUUUCCUUCCAGAGUGCCGAGCCAGAGAGGCUGCCCUCCUGGCUCGGAUGCUGCCACUACGUCCAGGAGCAGGAGGGCUGGAGGGAUCCGGCCUGCCAGCAACGUUUCCCAUUUACUGCACCUGCUCAUAACCCUCUGAGUGCUGCUAGCCAAGACCUGUGGAUCU